GUACGGAGUGACGGAGUCCGGAGUCUUGCUGGUCUUGCUCACUGUGGUCCAAGCUGAAGUCCGAGACUGUUAUCAGAUGUAACGGUUAUUUAUGGCUUCUUUGGACUCGAGACGCUCGCGCGGAAGCUUCGUGAACACCGGGAAAAUGACCUGCUUUUGGGCAGGCGUUUCACUACUGUUCUUAACUUUCAUCGGAAUCUCGGAAACUCGUAUCUCCCCCCCGUAUAACAUAACGUUUUGUAAUAAGAGCAUAGAAUUUCCCCAGACGGACUGUUCAUUUAUGCUCGGAGCUCCUCCCGGUUCCUGUGUUAUUCACCACACCAACAGUUGCAAGGUAUAUGGGUAUGAAUCCUGGAACCUGGCCCCGGAGCAUGAAGCAAAAUCUUUGGUCGAACUUGACUAUAGCAUUUCUUUGUCAACCUACGAAAAUUCUAACGAGCUAACAUUGAACGUCUCGAUUGAUACCCUUUCUAAAGAUGUACGAGGCUUCACAUUCAAUUUGUUGGAAUACAAAUUCCCAAAUAAGUUGACCUGGUACAACACCUGCCGCCUCUUUGAUUAUAGGGAAUUCUCAGCGGACCAACCGGUCAGCCUCUACUACGACUGCUACUACAAAAUUCAAGGGGAUUCUGACAACAAGUUCUUCUUGCUCACGGCACGUGGACUGCCAACAAAUAAUGUUGGCGUCUUUCACGUCACGCUUUCAACGUCUUCUCAUAAGCAAGGAGGAGAGACUCUGUGCAACUGGGAGAGCACGGUCAUGAUCCUGGAGCCAGCGCUUUCAAACGGCAAUGUGAUCGCCUUGUUUAGCACCGCAGAUGCAAGCUUAAACAUUUCCAAGUAUGACGUUGCUCUGUUCAAGCACGGGCCCUCAGGACAUGACCUGAUCAAUCGGCGCAUCGUCGUAGGUGACGUGCAAGAAGGUGUCAUGAACGUUGUGGAGUUUCCCAAAACGGACCGAGGAACAUACCACCUCGAGAUUCAUCCCAUCCAUCCGGAUUGGAAAGAUUCUUGUACAAUCACGAUGACAGACACCUUCGUCAUUUUCUCAGUCACUCACUUUGAGGUGAUACUUGUGGCCUCUCUCAUUGGUGCAAUCUUGGUUAUCAUAAUCGUGGCUGGUGCCGCCUUCUAUGUUUACGUCAAGAGGCGGAAGCCCGAGUCGACUCGCCAGUCGAGCGUGUUCCUGCUCUACUCGUACGACUCGGACGACCACUAUGCGAAGGUGUGCGCCCUGUACAAGUUCCUGACGGACGUGCCGGGGCUGGAGGUGGCCUUCGACGCGGCCGAGGCCAACGAGAUGGGGGUACCGCAUCUGUGGCUGACGAACCAGCUCCACAAUGUGGACCACGUCGUGCUGGUGGUGUCGGAGGGGGUCUACGACAAGGUGGAGAAGGGGAAGCGGCCGCCCCACGAACACCACCCCUGGGGGGACCAGGUGUACACCGCCGUCCUGGAGAUCAUACGCGACGAGCGGCUGCACAACAAGCUCAUCAAGGUGAUUAUGAACGGAACAUCCGACACUAAGGUGCCCACCUGCCUGUUCUCCAAGGGGAAGGCGUUCAAACUGCCGAAGCAGCUGGACCGCUUUGUUCAUUACAUCUUCAACGAAAAGUGCCGCUCCUCCCUGGAGUGCAUGGCCAAGCACUCGGACUGGCUGAACCCCGUGAGGGAGCGGACACUCGUCAGGGUGCUCAAGAGGCAGAGUUCCACAGAGCCCAGCUGAGCUUCGCCGGGGGCCUCGGCACACGCACAGAGAGUCAGCUUAUAUUAGUGAAUCCUCCAAGGAGUUUAGAAGACAGUGUGAAGUCACCCGCUAACAGGUGAUAUCAGCAAGGCAAGUUCUUGCUGCUCUGCAUGCACCAGCAUGCAUAUGCAACUGCCAGAACAUCCAUUCUCAACUGCACGAAUAAUGUUCUCAUUGUGCCUUCUAAGGCCUUCCUUUUCUUUCCCUUUUAAUUUUUUAUGCUUGUUUACAAGCAGAAGCAUCAUUCAGCUGCUAGCAUGGAUUCUAGGUUUUAUGUUCCAUCUGUUUAAGCUUUCAAUUUGAUGUUCACUGAUACAAGUUAUUAAUAGAGAUGAAGAUGCAUGUGAAAAGGAGCAGAACUUCCGUUUGGUUUUGCAGAACCAAAUAGUCACUCUGCUUUGUUAUGAAGCUAUUUUGCAUGAAAAUUUUGUACAUAUUGCAUCUGCAAUGCGAGUGCAUCUUGCUCACACUUACAAAUUUUUUAAUGAAAAGCUGUCAUCUUUUUACUGUCCUCUUUAGUUGCUGAGAAGAUAAGGGAGGCCUCUUUUGAACAAACCUGGGAAUAGUACAAUUGACAUUAACACAAAAGCAGCAUUUCAUGUUUUUUGAUACAAGCUCAUACAAUAGACCAUUUGCUAAAUCCCCCAGGCGCCCCAGCCUGCACUCAAGGAAUCAUGGGAACGGUGUUCCUUCAAUCAAUCAAAUCAAGUUUAUUUCCAGAAACUCUGGCGGGAAAGCCCAUACAAAAAGCUAUUAAAAACAGCUUCACUUUACAUUGGCAGCAGCAACAAAUCAAGAACACAUAAAAGUUAUACACUGCUAAAAAAGUACAAACAAAGGGCUCUCUUACUUUUUUUGUUUUUAUUUAUAUUGUUUGCGAUACACUUGUUUAACUGUAUAUUAUUAUGUAAGGACUGGAAGUUAUAAUUUGUAUGAGAUGGCGGAGGAUCCAUGAAUCUGUGUGACGCAUGCUAACAACACAUUCAUGCCUUUUAAGAUUUGAAAUUGCAUACAAAAAUUCUACAAGAGCUGGAGAGGAAAAACAAACUGUAUAAAGCAAACGGUACUUGUACAUAGAUUCUAUAUGAAGUAUUCGAAAUCUGAAAAAUAAUGGUUUUGUGUGGUCAUAAUAAGAAACAUCUAUAAUAUAACGUAAAACUUUCUUUUGGAGCAAUAAUAUGUCGGCUCCCUACUCAUUGGUAAAAUUCCAUGGUUACACAGUUUUGAGUGUAAUUCGGAGUCAUCCUGAACAAGCGUCGUAUUGGAAACUCCAGUGAAACCGACACCACAUAGCGGUAACUCCGAGAAGCUCAGGAGAGGAGGUCGUUUCGACUUUGUCGUCUGCUAUCGCUGCAUAGUUCCCGUAGGCAGCAUAGAAACAAACAUUGUUUUCAGUAAUUAUUUUUAUGCUUCCGCCAUGUCAUUUCUACGCAGUGACUAGAAAAGGGUUUCUACGGUCGAAAAAUCGCUUUGCUUUCAUAUGUAACACCGAUUCUACGCUGCAGUGAAAGAAAUAUAUGGCGGUCCAUGUGCUGAACGACGAAAACGACCUUCUUUCGUCCACUGUUUUGCCUGACCAGUGCGCCCUUUAUAGUUUGCUGGAGUCGCGAAUAGAGCCCAAGGACCUGUCAUAUCACUUUUAAAAUUUCUCGUCAAUGUCUGCGUUUUCGCUUUUAAGCUUGCUGACCACCCUUCAACCUGGCUGACUGGCUGAGCUGCAGAAAUCUUUUACAUUAUUAUCAUUCUCGUACAACUUCAAAGAUGCUGAUAUUAAGUUAGAAAUACUAUAAACAGCCCUGCUGACUCCGAGCUAAAUCCUGGUUUUGGUUAUUGUGAAUUCUCAGCUUUGUAUGCAAUUCCUGCUAAAACAACAAUCACGAGAAUGAUAAUAUUGUAAGAGAUUUCUGCAGCUCAGCCAAGUUGAAAGUUGGAUCGCAUGCAGAGUAUCGAAAACGCUGACAUUGACGAGAAAUUUUACAGGUGAUAUGACAGGUCCUUUGACUCUAUACGACGCUUGUUCAGGGCGACUCUGAAAUUACAUUCACAACUGUGUAACCACGGAAUUGGUCGAAAUUAGCAAUCACUAGGAAACCGAAGGAAUACCGUUCCCAUGAUUUCUCGAGUGCAAGUCGGGGCACUUGGGGGAUUUAACAAAUGGUCUUUUGAGCACAGCAGAAUCUAGCCCAACUUGUCUUGUGUUAGGCUGGUGCUAUCAUCUAGAAUCAAAGGAAUGUUGAAACCUGCAGUCAUUGGUCUUUCAUCCGAGCUAUUGUCAGGCUAUUUCUAGUUGUAUUGGUACUCAGAUUGGGAUAUCAGCAUGAAACAAAACAUGAUAUAGAUGAUUGCCUUUCUACUGUGUAGACUAGUAUGUAAGAGAAAAAGGAACCUCAUAGUGAACUUAAAUAGAAUGCAAGUCUAUCCCACAAGUGUUGCUAAGCUCUUUUCCACUUGUCAUGGAGUUAUCCUAUUUAUUUGAACCUGAUGUGACGAUUUUAUGAACAGAACCCUAUACAUAUGGUUCCGUGUUUUCUGUGUUUAUUUUUUUCUCGAAUUUGGGGUAAUUUUUUUUUUUUUCAGGGUUUAAUUUUUUCCUUUGGUUUGGUGUUUUUUGUGUAAAUUGGUUAUGACUUAAACCAAUUUACACAAAAAACACUGAAUCUGUAAGAAGAUAUUAACUCGUAAAAAAAAAAAGUUAACUCCGAAAACACAGAAUCCUAUUUAUACAGAUCUGCUUUCAACAGCCUGUCAUUCCGAUUUAUGAAAUGAGGCUUGCGAAUAAUAAAGCACAAAUCGCAUCUGUUCCUAAGAUAUCUAACUGGGAUUUUGGGUAUUGUAAUUUACGGUCUAGAAGGCGCACCUUUAUAUAAGGUGCACUUGUAUAUUUGUACGCCAGGCGCGGCGCAACUGCAUUGAUAAGCUCGCAUCUAGAUAUUGUGAUUAUGACAUAUGCAUAUAUGCAGAAGUGGAAACCAGUUUCAAUAUUCUUGCAAAUGAAUCGAACAAAGAAUAUAACCCCUGUGGUAAACUUGUACAAUUACGUCCCAUGCUUAUAGAAGAAAACACAAGUAACACCACUGUAUAAAAUACCCUGCCGGAAAUUUUGUAAAAAGAAAUGUGACCUAUACACCGGAAACUAACUAUGGUAGUAUAUCAACAUCAUGCUCACUAUUCCAGUACAGGCCUUUGUUCUGAGUUUCAAGUGCUGUCUGUUCCCUUUUAUUUCAUCAUAUUCUUUGGUCAACCACCAUGAUUGGCUCCCUGCAUGCGAUCUGAGAAAGCAAGCAUGCAAGCCUUGUUCAUACAAAAAGAAA